AUGGCACUUCAAGUGUGCUCGCUGUCUGGCAGCGUGCUGGCUUCCUUCGAGGCGGACGAGCUGAAAGAAGGCGAGCUGAACACUCUGGUGAAGGAGAGAUUGGCGCCGGUGUGUGGCGUACCAUGCUUUCGUCUUCGCCUGCUUGGGGCGGGGACGGCGCUGGGGCAUGGGACGUGGCAGGACCUGGCUUGCCCCGAGAAUCUGCAGGUCGUGGUGCUGGAGUACUGUGAGAAAAAGGCCAAAGCUCUCUGGAACGCCGCGGAAGCUGGAAACGUGGAGUCUCUCCUCCGCAUCUUAGAGCUGCCCCAGGACCCCAAUGUGCUGGUCAGUUUUCAAAGCGAUGACGACGAGACUGGCACAGAGGAAGAGGAGGAGGGAGAGGAGGAGGAGGAGGUGGAGGAGGAAGAGGAGGAGGAAGACGCGUACAUUGCCCCCUUUGGCCCCACAGCGCCGGCAUUGUGGGCUGCUGCAGGACGUGGGCACUCUGAGGCGGUGCGGCUUCUGCUUCUGGCGCACGCAAACACAGAUGCGGUGCACAGCAGCCUUCGCAGCACCCCGCUCCAUGAAGCUGCUGAGAAUGGCCGGGUCGUUGCUGUUCGUCACUUGCUGGAGGCCAGAGCCAGCGUCAGCAAGACGAGCUGCUUCGGCCGGACGGCUCUGAUCUGCGCCAGCGGCGGCUGUGAUGAAGAGGCGGUUCGACUCCUUGUCUGUGCAAAGGCGGAUGUGGACAUCAAGGACGUGAAGGGCUGCACGGCUCUGAUGGCGUGCCUUUGUAACCUUUCUGACUUCCCCGCCCACAAAGAUGCAGCUGCAGAAGUGGUGAGGACCCUUCUGGAGGCAAAUGCCAGUUUGGACGAGGCAGAUCGGACGCACCGCCACGCCCUGGGCUUGGCAGCCCAUGUUGGAAGCCUGCCGAUCAUCGAAAGCUUGCUGGGAGCGCGGGCAGAUGUGAACGGCACGGACAUGUUUGGGCAAAGCGCUCUGUGGCGUGCGGCCGCCGACGGGCAUCUUCCCGUGGUGCAGCGCCUGCUCGAGGCGGCGGCGAGCCUCGAGACCUGCGACGAGCACGGCGUUUCGGCCAUGGUCAUGGCAGCCUCGCGCGGCGAGGUGCAUGUUGUUGACUUCCUGAUCGAGAAGCGUGCGAAUCUGCAGUCUUUAGAUCUCAAAGGUCGCAACGCCUACUGGUAUGCCGCAGAAAACGACGAAACGGAGAUGGCGCAACAUCUCUUGGAGCUCGGCGUCAAGCCCGCGGGGGAGACGGCGGUGGAGACCCUAGUCGCGGAAUCCAGCGGGACGCCGAGAGCUAAUCCGAUCUUGGAGUUUCCUAUGGAGGGCUUCUCCGACUCCGUGCUGUCGCAGUUCACGAAGAUGGCGGCAACUUCGCUGUCGUCGAACACUCUCGGGCAAAUCUUCAUGGGGCUCAUGGUGAAACCGCCUGAGCCUGGCGAGCCAUCCUACGAGCUCUUCCAAAAGGAGACCUCGGAGAUCUUUGAGUCCUUGAAGAGGCGGGCGCUGCACCUCACAGCUGCACUGAACAAGGUGCCCGGCAUCAGCUGCCAGCCCAUUGACGGAGCUAUGUAUGCCUUCCCGAAGAUCACCUUGCCGAAGGGAGCGAUCCAGGCUGCCAGCAUCAAGCAUCAGGAUCCGGACGAGCUGUGGUGCCUGGAGCUCUUGGAACAGACGGGGAUCGUGACCGUGCCAGGCAGUGGCUUCGGCCAACAAGAGGACACUUUCCACUUCCGCACGACCAUCCUUCCCCCCGACGAGGUCCUAGAGGAUGUUGUGCGCAAGCUCGCUGACUUCCAGGAGGAGUUCAACAAGAAGUUCUCCAACGGAGGCGGUGGCUACUGA